AUGCAUCGCAUACUAUUUUCUAUUGUUAUAGUAGUUUUGCUUUGCUUAAUUAACGUAGAAGCUAAAUCGACAACAGGUAAUCAUAUACUGGUGCUGCUUGACAAAAUCGAUGAAAAAGAUUUAUAUGCUAGUUUUUUUAAAUCUUUAAAAGAUCGACAAUAUGUGCUUUCGUACAAGAUAACAACAGAUCCUUCAAUCCAAUUAUUUAAAUUUGGAGAAAGAAAUUAUGAUCAUAUUAUCAACUUUUCACCAAAAACAAAAACUUCAUUGAUUGAUUUUCUUAAAAAAGGUGGCAACAUAUUAUUAGCAGCAUCAUCAGAUCUAUCAGAAACAGUUAGAGAUUUUGCACGUGAGUUUUCAAUAGAAUUUGAUCAGAGAGAUACUUCUGUGAUAGAUCACUUUAAUUUCGAUGCUUCUGCCGAUGAUGGAAGACAUAUACUUAUUGUUGCUGAUGGAUUUACCAAUGUCAAAACAAUUCUUAGCAGAAACGUAAUUGAAGGUCCUCCAGUACUUUUUAGAGGCGUGGGGCACAAAGUUGGAACCAUACCAUUGUUAACCAAGAUAUUAUGGGCUGGUGACACUGCAUACUCAUUUGAGACUAAGAAAGAUCAAGUGGUAGAUGAACAGCCAUUAGUUGUGGGAAAUGAAGUUGGACUAGUAACUGCGUUACAAGCAAGAAAUAAUGCAAGAGCUACAUUUGUAGGAAGUUUAGAAUUAUUUAGUGAUCAAUUCUUUAACUCAAAAGUACAAAAAUUUAAUUCUACAGAGGUAUAUCCAAAAUCAGGUAAUGAGGCAUUUGCAAAAGAUUUGACAGAAUGGUCAUUUCAAGAAAAAGGAGUUUUAAAGGUUGUUUCACGAAAUCAUCAUAAAGAAGGCGAAACUGAACAAUUGGACAUUUAUCGAAUUAAAGAUGAUAUUGUUUAUACAAUUGAAAUAUCCGAAUAUGCCAAUGGUAAAUGGCAGGCAUUUGAUGGAAAGGAUGUACAACUAGAACUUAUCAUGUUAGAUCCAUAUAUUCGAACAAACCUUACAUCAUCACCAAUAUCAAUUGGGGAUAAAUCAAGAAAAUAUAUAGCACAUGUGAAAUUACCAGACGUAUACGGAGUCUUCACUCUAAAGGUCAAUUAUAAAAGACCUGGAUAUACUUAUAUAGUAGAUUCUACAACUGUGGCCAUAAGACCUUUUAGACACAAUGAAUAUCCAAGAUUUAUAACAGCAGCUUAUCCAUAUUAUACUGGGGCAGCUUUAACAGAACCACGAGCUCCUGGUGAUGUGUUGGACGAUGCCAGUAAAACUGUACUUUUAACUACUCAACUAUUUAUCUCUACGAUGGCUGGUGGCAGUGCCUUUCUUGUGUUUUGUUUCUUAAGAACAAAGUGGAGUACUAUGUUUGCUCCACGUUUAAGGCUUAACAAACUUGCACCAGAUCCUUUGCCAUCAUCUUUCUUUGGAUGGAUUAAGCCUUUGUAUGAUAUACCUGAAUCAGUUAUUUUAGAGAGAGUGGGAUUAGAUGCUGCUGUGCUUUUGGCAUUUUUCAAAAUGUCUGGUAAACUCUUUAGUUUUUGUAGUUGUGUUGCAUUUUUUGAUGAUGGACCAAUCCAAACUCCAGUAGAUGAAGGAACGGAAACAUUGAUAAAAUUGAUUUCAUUUGUUGUAUUCACUUGGGAAACAAUCACAGCUAGAACAGUUAUGGUAACAGUGAUACCUAAAGAGUUACAAACAGACAAAGCACUAGCUGAAUAUUAUGAUUCAUUAGGUUUUGGUCAAGUUGAAUCUGCUGUUAUAUAUCGAUAUGUGAGGAAAUUAAGGCAUGCAAUUCAAGAAAGAAUGGAUGCAUUGAGAAAGUUGGAGGUGGCAUAUGCUGAAUACUUGAACAAUCCAUGCUCUGAUGUAAAGUAUGAACCCUCAGAAGCACUAAAAGCAUUUGAAGAGGCACAGAAAAAAAACCCAGAAUCUUCUAAUAAAGAAAUUGCUGCUGUUCUUGCUCCUGUUAAUAAGGAACGGCCUACUAUGCGAUCUGGACUUUUUGGAAUAUUUGGCAAAAAAAUAGAUAAAAUUGAAUAUUUGACAAAUGAAUUUAACAAGGCUGAUAUGUUAGUUAGGCAGGGAAGAAGUGGCGCUUAUCACUCUACACCUGUUGGCUUUGUCACUUUUGAAAGCAUAACCAGUGCACAAUUAGCUGCUCAGGUUCUUAUAAAAGCUCAACCUUUUGAAUGUGAAACUGUUAUUGCACCAGAACCUCGUGAUAUAUAUUGGCAUAACCUUACAAUAAGGAAUAGAGAAUAUGCGAUUCGAACUGCAAUGGUCAAUGUCAUAAUAUUUAUAUUGGUAUUCUUCUGGUCUGGACCUAUUGCGUUCUUUGCCACAUUUCUUGAUUUAGAAUUCUUAAGGAAAGUUUUUCCAUGGUUGGCAGAUCUUGCAUCAAAAAAUGAGAUGGUAAAAGGUUUUAUCCAGGGAACACUUCCAACACUUUCAGUCACUGUGUUCAAUAUUGUUUUACCAAUCAUUAUGACUUAUCUUUCUCAACUUCAAGGAUUUUAUGCUCGAAGUGUGAUUGAAUUUUCAACAUUUACAAAAUAUUUUAUAUUUUUGUUAUUUAAUGUCUUGCUUGUCUUUUCAUUUGCUGGAACUUUUGUUAAAAAUUUCGAAGAGUUUGUUAAAGAUCCAUUGGGAACAGCAGAUAAAUUAGCAAAAACUUUACCACAAGUAGCACCAUUCUUUAUUAAUUUUGUAAUACUUCAAGGAAUUGGUAUAUUCCCAAUACACUUAUUACAAUUGAGAGAAGUCUCAAUGACCCUUUUUUAUCGAUUAAUCUCAAAAACACCUAGAGACUAUGCUGAAGCUAAUGCACCACCAUUUUUGGAUUACGGAGAAGAAUUACCACCAAUGGUUUUAAUUUUUGUACUAGUUUUAGUUUAUUCUUCUCUUGCCCCAGUAAUAUUACCUUUUGGUGCUAUUUAUUUCUUCCUUGGUUAUAUUGCAUAUAAAUAUUUGUUAUUAUAUGUGUAUUUCCAUCCAUAUGAAACUGCUGGUCUUGCUUGGCCUAAAAUUUUUCAACAGAUUACAAUUGGACUUUACAUAUAUCAAAUAUUGAUGAUUGGUUAUUUAGCACUUCGAGAGUCUUAUUUUCUGGCAGCUGCUCUCUUACCAGUCAUUAUAGCUACUAUGUUUUUUUAUCAGUUUGUUAAUUCAGCAUAUGAUCGUAAUUCUAAAUUCAUUCCAUUGGAAAAAUUGAAAGAGGCAGAAGAACAAUUGCCAGACCAUACUGACCAUGUCACCUUUAAACAAAAGGAUUCCAAAACCAAUCCAACAGCAGUCACCAAUAGUGAAAAUUCUAACCCACAAACCAAUAGCAAUGUUGCCACUUCUUCAUCGUCAGGUGGUGGUGCAGGCGGUGGUUCUUCUGCUGCAGGAAAAACUGUAGAAGGUGAAUCUCAAAGGGAUGUGUUGGAAGAUGAUUUGUACCAUGCAGCACCAGACAUGUACACUGAUUAUAGUCAACCGCCAAUGACUUUAUUUGAUGGAGUUCUGAACACUGGGAUGAGAAAUUACGUUGCACCUGAAUUGGUUGGCACUUUACCUUGGCUAUGGCUUCCAGUUAAAAGAGUAAAGGCAGGAUUAUUAAAAGGACCAGGAUGGUUUAGUCGUAUAUUAGGUCGUAAGAAAGAUUCGGAGUUGAUUCAAGAUAAUGAAAUUCAAGAAACUGAGCAUGAGCCAAUAAUCACCGACCCAAUUAAAGCAAUGGAAUCACAUGAUUUGGCAAAUCAAUCGGCAGCUGACUCCAGAAUUCGUGACGAGUUGCUCAGACACUUACAUGAUCCCGCCAAUCCACAUAAAAUGUAUUACUGUAAAAAAUUCAGAGAUUUGAUCGAUGAUGACGAUGAUAAUGGCGGCAGACAUAAUAGCAUACUGGGUUCUCCAAGUGGUACAAGAGUUGAAAGCCCUGAAAGAUCGGAAACUACAACAAGUAGAGACGGAUCUGUACCUCGAAGAAAAAUGUCUAAAGCAAGAAAAUUGACAAAUAAACUUGGAAAUGAGAGUGAGUGGAAGUGUACGGGUAAAGGAAGAGGAAGGAUAUGCGAAGUUACAAAUUUUUGUGUAGAUAGCGCAUUUAUACUUGGUGACAAAAAACAAGCCAUUGAUUUUUCCUCAACAAUACCGAAAAUCAAUAUAAUGAGCUCAGAUGAGCCUUCAGACCACUACUAUCAGCCCAAUGUGCGUAAGUUAUCUGACUUUCAAUCUCAUAAAAUACAAUACAUCAACGAUACAAUAUUUGUUUAUGGCUUAUAUGCGCCAUAUCAUUUCUCACAUUGGCUUUAUAAUGGCCUGAUCCCGUUGUACAGUACAAUGCGUGAGUUUAAUGCAACAAGAAGGUCAUGGAUAUUGAGAGUGGAUAAUUCAUUGCGUACACAUUCUGGACAUGAUACAAUGUUUUUGGCGGAUGAAGGGAAAGAAAUUGUGAACCAUCUAAAUGAAAUACAAACUCCACAACAGGUUUUGGCUCCAAGAACGCCAAUUUGUUUCGCAAGAGGGGUCCUUGGAAUCUUACAAAGAUACAAUAGUCGUAGAAUCUUAAACCUUGACAAAUUAAUUGAUGCAUUAAUAAAUGAUCAAGGAGGAGGCCAUAAAUUCAUUGUAAAACUUCUUGAUUUUGAUUCAGGAUGUUCACUACAGGAAACUGCGAAACUCUUGUCGGAUAUUGAUAUAUUGGUGACACCGCACGGAAAUGGGAUAGGCGCUGCAUUGUUCAUGCAAAAAAAUACAACAGUUAUAAGUUUAGAUUCCAGACACUACUAUGAGUAUUGGUUUUCAUAUAUAUUUACAUCUGUGGGAAGAAGAUUCUAUAAUUUUGAAUGUCAAGAAGGGGAUUGUCAAGUUGCAGAUUUCGAGUUGGCAAAAAAGGUGCUGGAUAGGAAUGGCGUGACGUUGGAAUAUUUUGAAUUAUUGGAGUUCCUUGGUCCGGAGAUUCCUAAGAAUCUGAAUCUUGAUUUGGCAAUUUACGCAGAAUAUGCCAAAGAUGCAAAUAGACGAGUAACCAUUGAUCGAUUACUAAGGUUUAUAAAGAAUGAUGUUGUGAACGAAAAUGUGAUCAAGUUGGUAAAUGAAAUAGAUUAUGUGGAGUUGUGUAAGAUUGGAAAGUGUUGUGGUCCUGACUGUGAAUAUGUGAUUAACAGGAAUGUGUUUGGAAAGUUGAAUUCAUGGAAUAUAACAUAUAAUGAAAGCAUAGUGGGAAAAAACUGGUUCGAGAGUGGUAAAUAG